AUGCUGAUCCAACUACUCACUCUCAUUAAUAUAUUCGCCAAAUUAGAAGUUGUUCGAGGAGCGGUUCUCAAGCUCGACGUGCGCUCUACAUUGAUGCCUCCUUACGGUAAUGGCUUGUUCCAUAUUCUGCUCGCCGAAGGAGGUCAGAAGAUUUAUGCUCUCGUUGACACUGGGUCAGAUUCCUUCUUCCUCAACUGGAAGGACUGGUUCGAUCGAGUGAGUGAAGUCCCCUGCCUCAAUUGGCCCAUGGGAUGUUACAAAUGCUUGGAGCCUUGUUCUCCGGGUGCAGUGACGAAAACUGUUAUCUUCGAGGACGAUCAAAUGGUAAAGUAUUUUCAGCAUAAGGCGACACUAACCCUCGGCCCGGUGUCGCAAGCCUUCAUUUUCGGACUGACUUUUGACCAGGAACCUCCCGUCGCUGAAGAAGCUGCGAUCAGUGUGAUGGGUUUUCAUAAAGAUAAGGGAGAUGUGAACUUCCCAUCUUUGAUGAAGCAGUUGCAAUCAUCACAAACUAUAAAUAACAACAUCUUUGCUAUCUACUUGUUUCCACCCGCCGAUCACGAAGACCCCUCAACUGAAGGCGCUCUACUUCUGGGUGGGGGUGAUCCUGCGUUAUAUCAGCAUCCACUACAGUAUGUCAAGCUCACUUCGGAAAGUCACUAUUAUGUGAAUGCUGUUGAUCUACAAGUUGGUGAUGCUUCCAGUACUAUCGAAGUUAAUAUGGACGUCCGCCUUGACACUGGAGCCAACUAUUUCUCUAUCCCAGAAGCUCACUACGACCGAUUAAUGAAGGAAAUCAAAGCUCACACUAGCAAUGCCGCAGGCGUGGAUGUUCACUUCGAGCCCGAUGGAGACAUUUGGCUGAUGCCUUGUGAGUACUUGGCCAAAUUACCACCUUUAAGAUUUGGGCUGGGAUCUAAAGGGGCACCGGUCCACUUCACGAUAACUUACAUGAACUACGCCGAGAAUUACUACGGUACGUGUUACCUCGUCGUUGAGAGAGGAAACGCGGAAAAUAUCAUCACAUUCCCCGAUCGUAUGCUCAUUGGGAACUAUUUUCAGUUUGAGCCGGAUAGAGUCGGACUCAGCAAGUUAGCAUCAUCAUCUGCUUGA